AUGAAAUUCUUGGUUGGUUGCAUGUUUGCCUUGGUGACAACCAGCAUUGCUGGUGAAACAAAGAGAGAAAAGCGUGGUGUUUUGCACGGUGCCCAUGCUUUCCCACAUCAUGAACUCGCACACGGGCUACCAGCCGGACAUGCACACAUUACUCCAUUAAUAGGUGCUCACGCAAUUCACAGUGCACCUUUGACUAACGGUUCUCCAUUGGCGGCUGUAUCUGGCUUCGUUCAUGCACCAGUUCUUGAUCAAUUGAACGCCGCUCACUUGGUUCAUCCGGCUCCGGCUAUUCCAAUCGCUGCUGCACCAGCUAUCGCUCCGAUUGUUCAUGAACAAGCCUACAUUGGUGUUGCCAUCCAACACCACCAUGAACAAGCUCUUGCCUUGCAUGCCGCUCCAGUUGCUGUCAGCGCUCACGGUCACUUAACCGAACGCGCUCUCUACGCCGGAGCUCCUCUUGAGCAUCACCAUCAUCACCAUGGUGCCGUCGCUCAUCAUUUCUAA